CCAUAAUGGUAGCAGUUGCAGUGUUAUGAGUCUGGAGUCUCGCGAUCUGCAAAGGUCGGAGUAAAUGAAGCGGAUAAUUUGCUAUCGUAUCUCCACUCAUAUCUUCCCAAGGCAGAGGAUCAAGACGCUGGACCGUUUAAUUUCUAAAGAUCUAGCCUGUCAGGAUGGACCUGUCCAAGCUGCCUAAAAUCCAGGAUGAGGAGAAGGAGAGCGAGUUUGGAUACGUCCAUGGAGUCUCCGGCCCAGUGGUGACGGCCACUGCCAUGGCUGGAGCGGCCAUGUAUGAGCUGGUGAGAGUGGGCCACAGUGAGCUGGUGGGCGAGAUCAUCAGGCUGGAGGGAGACAUGGCCACCAUCCAGGUCUACGAGGAGACAUCGGGUGUGUCUGUUGGGGACCCAGUGCUGCGGACGGGGAAGCCUCUGUCUGUGGAGCUGGGCCCAGGCAUCAUGGGCUCCAUCUUUGACGGUAUCCAGCGCCCCCUAAAGGACAUCAACGACCUAACACAGAGCAUCUACAUCCCCCGCGGAGUCAACAUCGGAGCCCUCAACCGAGACCUCAAAUGGGAGUUCUCCCCCGUCAAGAGCUUACGGGUGGGCAGUCACAUCACAGGGGGUGAUAUCUACGGGAUGGUGUUUGAGAACUCCCUCAUCAAGCACAAGAUCAUGCUGCCCCCGAGGAACAGAGGAACCGUCACCUAUGUGGCUCCCCCCGGAAACUAUGACGUCUCGGACGUGGUGUUGGAGCUGGAGUUUGAGGGUAUGAAGGAGAAGUUCACCAUGGUCCAGGUCUGGCCAGUGCGACAGAUUCGUCCGGUCACAGAGAAGCUACCCGCCAAUCACCCACUGCUGACCGGACAGAGAGUACUGGACGCCCUCUUCCCGUGUGUCCAGGGAGGAACCACAGCCAUCCCCGGAGCCUUUGGCUGUGGUAAAACUGUCAUCUCCCAGUCCCUGUCAAAAUACUCCAACAGUGAUGUCAUUGUCUACGUAGGCUGUGGGGAGCGAGGGAACGAGAUGUCAGAAGUUCUGCGAGAUUUCCCCGAGCUGACCAUGGAGGUGGAUGGGAAGACUGAGAGCAUCAUGAAGAGAACAGCGCUGGUGGCCAACACCUCCAACAUGCCUGUGGCUGCCAGAGAGGCCUCUAUCUACACAGGCAUUACACUGUCUGAAUACUUCAGGGACAUGGGCUACAAUGUGAGCAUGAUGGCUGACUCCACCUCACGAUGGGCUGAGGCUCUCAGGGAGAUCUCUGGUCGACUGGCUGAGAUGCCCGCUGACAGUGGUUACCCAGCCUACCUGGGUGCCCGUCUGGCGUCAUUCUACGAGCGUGCUGGCAGGGUGAAGUGUCUGGGCAACCCAGAGAGAGAGGGCAGUGUCAGCAUUGUAGGGGCUGUGUCUCCCCCUGGUGGUGACUUCUCUGAUCCUGUGACAUCAGCUACCCUGGGUAUCGUGCAGGUGUUCUGGGGACUGGAUAAGAAGCUGGCCCAGAGGAAGCACUUCCCGUCAGUCAACUGGCUGAUCAGCUACAGUAAGUACACGCGGGCGCUGGACGAGUACUACGACAAGCACUUCCCUGAGUUCGUCCCACUGCGCACCAAGGCCAAGGAGAUCCUGCAGGAGGAGGAAGACCUGGCUGAGAUCGUACAGCUGGUCGGCAAGGCAUCGCUGGCCGAAACAGAUAAGAUCACCCUGGAGGUGGCCAAGCUCCUCAAGGAUGACUUCCUGCAACAGAAUGGUUACACCCCCUACGACAGGUUCUGUCCCUUCUAUAAGACGGUAGGCAUCCUGUCCAACAUCAUAGCGUUCUACGACAUGGCGAGGCACGCGGUGGAGACCACGGCUCAGAGCGACAACAAGAUCACCUGGUCCAUGAUCCGAGAACACCUGGGAGAGAUCCUCUACAGACUCAGCUCCAUGAAGUUCAAGGACCCAGUGAAGGAGGGAGAGGCCAAGAUCAAGUCCGACUACACCCAGCUGCUGGAGGACAUGCAGAACUCCUUCCGCAGCUUGGAAGACUGAGCCUUCACCCUGGACCUUUCACCCCUGACCCCAGGGGCAGUGCAUGUCUGUGUCGCCCCCCCUCUCUCUCUGCAGCCACCUCUACUGCAGCAUCACAUUCCACUGCCUCAUGUUUACACCCAACCUAAUGCCAUAAGUUUACCCAACGUGUGUGUGAAUGUGUAUGGGCAAGAAGAGAACGAAAUGUACUGUAUUCUUGUAUUCUGUUGCCUCCCACACUCUAAAUACCCCAGUGUAUUUGCCCCAGCAUGGUCGAAGAUCUGCCCCAAUACCUUAAUGUGUGUAUGUUUACAUGUCUGUGUGUGUGAGACAUCUCACUCUGAACCCCUGCACUGCCCCUCCCUCCCCCUGUUUGUUUUGGACAUGGUCUCUGACCCGAUCUGUGUACCUGAAGACUUCAGUUGAUGUAAUUAUCAUUCUUUACCCCUCUAUCUGUACAGAAGAUUAACAUUAAAUACUUAAUAAGCAGAGUGACUCUAUAUUUGUUGCAGGUGUCUGACAUGGACAACGUGUGGGCUGGUUGUUCAUAUUUUGUGAUUUGCGCUGUGUAGUCUUGUGUACUUGCUGUACGUGUGUGUGUGUGUGUGUGUGUAAGAGGUGGGCUCUCUCGCCCUGUCCUUUCUACUGCUCAUGUGACAAGUCCCAAAAAAUUAAAGGCAACCAAACAAAA